AAUUGCUGCUCUUUGUUUCAUUUUAACUAGAAAUCAGGAAUCUUAAAACACCUGAAACAGUUAAGAAGGGCUUCUGUGUUUUACACAGAAUUCAGUAGAGCCAGGAAGAAGUGAGGAGAUUGAGCGGAAAGAACUGUUUAUGAUACAAACCAAGCUUUCUGUGCAAGUCCUGGAGACGUUGAGUUUACUUCCUGGUGUCUCUCUUUGAUGGCUGCUGAAGAGGCCCAGAAAUCCCAAAUCUACAAGACCAAAUAAAGAAACCCAAAUCAUUUCUGCCACUCCUUUGCACCAUCUCUUGACAAAUUGUCCCUCCAUCUGGUGCCAGUUCAGGCCCUACCUGGGACAUUGCUGCAAGAUCUCAUCUCUUUUUGGAACCACUUUCAGUGGAAAAAAACAGAAAAGGAAAUUAAAGGACAUGAGAAAAAGUGCAGAUUGCUGUGACCUUGAUAACUGUUCAUAUUCCCUGGGUAGCAGAGACACUUAAAUGAAGACAAACAAAGUUCUUUUUCUUUUCAAGGGUAUGACACAGUGAAACACAUCAACAGUCAAGUAAGAGCACAGGCAUUCAGAAAACACCCAGACCAGCGUUCUGGAUGUAGUGGAACCCACAGGACAGGAAUCUACAAAACAAGUGAAAUAGUGAAAUUUGGCAAAAAUGGCCUGUGAAUUUAAUCUGAACUUCCUUAAGGAAUUAGAACGAGAGGCUGUUCUGGAAGUCCUGUACCGUGACCAGAUGGUGAGAAAAACGGAGGAGGAAAGAAUAAGGAAAAUGAAAGUGCAGCUGCAGCAGCUUCGGUGGAAGGGGGCGAAGACUGUAAGGCACGAGUACCAGGAGAGAUGCUGUGCUCGCUGUCAGAAGCCGCUGGGGUUGCUGGUGAACAGAGGUGCAGUGUGCAAUGGCUGCAGCCAUCGGGUGUGCUCGGAAUGCCGCGUGUGCCUGAACCCCUGCCUCUGGAAAUGCACCAUCUGUUACGCUCACGGAGAUGUGAAAGUGAAGGCUGGUGAAUGGUUCUUUGAAGAACGAGCAAAGAAGUAUCCAGGUGAAGGCAGACAUGAAACAGCUGGUGCAAAGCUCUUGGAAUCUUACCAGAAUCUGAGUAAAAUUUCUGUCGUACCUCCAACUCCACCUCCUUUCACAGAAUCGGCAGCAGGAACCAAUGUGAUGGGAAAUGAACUUGGAGAGUCUAAAAGGUUUAAUAAGUCUGUGGAAAACUUGUUUUUGUCUCUCACAACACAUAUAAAAAAAAUAUCAAAGUCCCAGAAUGAUAUGGUUGACAGAUGUGUCCUAACUACAGAUUGUGGGAAGAAUGUGGAAAGAAGAAAGCAAAGAAGGAGCCAGUCUGAUACUGCAAUCAACAUUACAAGCAGGAUGAAAAGUACACCUAGUCUGCAACAGCUCAUUACUGGGGCCCAAAAUGACAGUGAAACUCAGAGCAAAAGUAGUUGGAAGGAGGAAGAAGACAUAAUGACCGGUCCCACAAGUGAUACAGUUUUCUGUGAUGGCAGAAAACACGGGAGUUUGUAUAGUCUUAGCAGCAUUUGCACUGAGUCUGGCAAUUUUGGCAAGGCUAACAUCACAGGAGAAAUAGAGUUUGCCUUGAAGUACAACUUCAGAGCUUGCAUCUUGGAAGUUUGCAUCAAGGGAUGCAAGAACCUGGGUUAUGGAGAAGAGAAGAAGAAAAAGUGUAACCCGUAUGUGAAGGUUUAUUUACUUCCUGAUAAAUCUCCUCGGAGUAAGAGGAAGACAGCUGUCAAAAAGAGCACAGUGGAUCCAGAGUUUGAUGAGACUUUGAAGUACAAGAUUGAAUACUCCCAGCUGAGCAGUCGGCAACUUCAGAUCUCUGUGUGGCAUGCAGGAGCUCUCAAAUACAGGGUGUUCUUGGGGGAAGUGGUGAUUCCCCUGGCAGCGUGGAAUUUUGAAGAGGACUCAAUGCAGUUUGACUGGUACCCGCUCAAACCCAAGCUUGAGAAGCCUGAAGAUGAUCUUAUCCAGUACAACGGUGAACUCCUUGUGUCUGCAAGGCUGUCCCUACCAGCCCAGUAUGAAAGCCUCCAGUCUGAAGGAAACAAAGACCAAGGAGUUCUCAACUGCCAGCUUCAGGUUAUGAUAUUUGGGGCCAAGAACUUGCCCAUGCUGAGAUCUGCUGGAAUGCUGAACUCCUUUGUUAAAGGUUGUCUUAUCCUUCCAGACCAAGCAGAGGUAAAGCAAAAGUCUCCUGUCCUGAAGAAGGAAGCCUGUCCACAGUGGAAACACUUGUUUGUCUUUGAUGGUGUGACCCCAGCUCAGCUACAGCAAUCAUGUCUACACCUGACUGUCUGGCACAAGUCAACUUUCAGCUCAAGUGAUCAAUUCAUAGGAGGAGCCAGGCUUGGUGCAAAGGAAUUCUUUGCCUCUAUGGACCUUGCUUCUCAAGGAAUGCUCCAAUGGCAGGAAAUGCUCCGCAACCCAAACACAUGGAUGGACUUCACACUUGUUCUGAAUUCAAAUGAGGAAAACUUUAAAUCAUGAGAGAUUAUCACACAACAACUCUUCCUUUCCCAUGUCCAAUGUUUUAAACUGAAGAGGUACCUGCGCUUCAGGUCUGGGAAAGGUACACUGCAACAGCACCUGUUUCAGUUUUUUGGGGAGUAGAAUUAUGUAUUUGAAUGUGUGUGGCAUUCUGAAUGUUUUAUUUCUUCAAAAUUAAGACUUUAGCGUGUGUCUCUAGCUGGAGUGUAACGAUAAUACUGUUUCUUCAGGAGUGAUAGCCUUGGUUUAAAAUACAUUGUGCUGACAAAGCAAGAGGCACCAGAGAAUGUGAAGCUUGCAAUUUUCAGGCCUAGCAGAACUGUUACUAUUUAAUUUAAUCACAACUAGGACAAAUUCAGAAAAAAUAACUGUUACAACAAGAAAGUUACAUUAUUUCAGUCUUAGAUUGAUGUUUUCUCCCCAUCAUUUAAAAGCAGCUUAUCUUUGCUUGCUGCAAAUGGGUGAUGCUAGCCUCUGUGCUUCAGCAUUAUCCAUACCGCCACUGUAUUUCAUGUGGCCCAAAACCGCUUUGGCCUGUGGCCAUGUCUCUCAAAUGUGUGCUGUAGCAUGGUGCUUAGAAAGUUAAAUGUAUAAAUCCCCUGGCAGUAGCAGGGUGGGAGUA